UAUUCCCUAACUUAUUCUCAACCCUUUUGUUUUGCGGCAGCAAGCACCUGAUAUAGGCACACCAGGUCGUCGGUGUGGAUCAUGCCGAUGUCUAAAGUGAAGCAUAUAUAAUAACAUGCAGUAUUAGUAAAGAAUAAUUUAUUAGAUGAUGGUUUAGAUAGAUGAUGGUAUAUAACGUAACAGGUCUUUACAAAUUAAAUAUAUAUUUGGAACUUUUUGAAUAAUGUAGAUGAAAAGAGACAAAAUUUCACAUCCAAAACUUGCAAUUAAUUAUGUGAUGCCAUGCCACGAGACGACUGGUUAUGGGAUAUUUGGACACAAUCUAAGCACAUCCAUUGCAUAUAUUAUAAACACAACAAUUGGUUUGUUGUUACCUCGAAGUCGAAACCAUCUCAUCGAUCACCAUCCCAAAACAAACAAAGAAGUCUCUCUCUCUCUCUCGGAGGAAGAGAGACAGAGAGGCCACGAUCGAGAUGGAGAAAAGCAACUCGCCAAUAGCCUACUCGCUAAUUCUCCUUCUCUUCUUCCUCUCAGCCGCCGCCUCGUCGGUCCUAAACGAUUCAAUGAUCUACUCGAACCACAGGUGGGUGCCGGUGCCACUGCCACACCACAAGAAGAAGGGCGGGCGCGUCCAGUACGUGACCCACAACGUCCUGCACUACGGCGCCAAGGCCGACGGGGUGUCGGACUCCACGCCCGCCUUCUCCCAAGCGUGGGAGGAGGCUUGCAAGUCGUGGAGGCCGGCCUCCGUCUACGUGCCCCGUGGCACCUACAUGCUGAAGCCCAUCGUGUUCUACGGGCCGUGCCAGAGCAAGAUGUUGUUCCACGUGGAGGGGAAGGUGGUCGGCCCAAAGCAUUACUGGGAGUUCGGCAAGUCCGGGUUCUGGAUCCUGUUCUACAAGCUGGAAAAGCUCACCAUCCUGGGUGGGACUUACGACGCUCAAGGGUCGGAUUAUUGGGCUUGCCAGAGGAGCCAAAGCCAGUGCAGUCAAGGGACUAAGUCCAUAACCAUCAUACAGUCCCGAAACGUGGUCGUAAAGGGGCUGAAGUCGCUGAACCCGCAGAUGUUCCACCUGGCAAUAGACCACUGCCACCAGGUCCUGCUGAAGAAGCUCUACAUCGAGGCCCCGUCCCGGAGCCUGAACACCGACGGGAUCCACAUCAUGUCGUCGGAAGGGAUCACCAUCGCCGGGGCUGUGAUCAAGACCGGCGACGACUGCAUCGCGAUCGGGCCGGGCACCAAGAACGUGCACAUCCGCGGGGUCCAUUGCGGGCCGGGCCACGGGAUCAGCAUCGGGAGCCUUGGGCUUCACACCCACGAGGCCGGCGUGGAGAACGUGUUCGUGACGGACUCGGUCAUGACCCGGACCCAGAACGGGCUCCGGAUCAAGUCGUGGGGCCGGAAGACCACCAGCUUCGUCAGGAACGUGGUCUUCCAGAACAUCGCCAUGGAGAAUUCCUACAACCCCAUCAUCAUCGACCAGAACUACUGCCCCUACAACAAGAACUGCCCUGGAAUGGGUUCCGGCGUGAAGAUCACGGGAGUAACGUACAGGAACAUCCACGGCACCUCGGCGUCCCCGAUCGCGGUGAAGUUCGUGUGCAGCGCUAGCCGGCCGUGCACGGGCCUCCAGCUCCACAACGUCAAGCUCACGUACCACAAAGCCAUUGCGUCGUCGGUCUGCACCCAUGCCGGCGGCGGCGUCAGCGGUGUCGUUAGCCCUAGGAAUUGCUUCCGGAAGUGAUCAUCGCUACACCCUGGCCUGGAUCCACAUCUAAUUUCUUUCUUUGUAAUGUUAAUGUAGCCUCUUUAAUUAUGAUUUUGUUACCACCGAACCGAUAUUAUAUAUUUUUUUCUCAAUCGAGUUUUUUGGUAUUUUUUUUUAUCACACUAGCUAGUUGAUGUACUUGUGAAUUCAUAUUACGUGCCCGCCCUUUUCCUCCCUUUUCUUUUCCUUAGAUCACUCAAAAUAUAAACAAGAAAUCAAGAUUUAUAUAUACGAAUAGGAUUGAUCAAUUAUAAAAACAUAUUGUUACAUAAUCCGAAAACAAAAUCCAACGGCUCAAAUAAGUAUAAUGACAAACACCAAACAAGUCAUCCUAUUAUAACGAUAAGAAACGAAUUUGUGGAUC